CGGCGCCCUCUUCCGGUCGGAUCCCGGAAGCGCAGCGCUUCCUCCUUCUUCCUGAUCUCCAAUGUUCGUCGUCCUUCUCCUCCUCCGGCUCCAUUUCGACGGGAUUUUUCAUCCUCCUAACCGCCCCGGAUCAGGACACGACCGCGUCUAAGGUGGGGAAAAAAAUGUCCGGAGAAAGGCAGAGGUCAGACGACGAGAGUCCCAGCACCAGCAGCGGCAGUUCAGAUGCCGAUCAGAGAGAUCCUCCUGUAGCAGAGGUCGAGGAGCAGGAAGAGAGGAAGCAGGCCACACCUCCACAGCAACAGCAGAAGAAAGCAUCCAAACAGUCCAGCAAAACCCCGGCCAAGCUGUCGUCCAGCGCCAAAAGAAUCCAGAAGGAGCUAGCUGAGAUCACUCUGGAUCCUCCACCCAACUGCAGUGCGGGACCUAAAGGAGAUAACAUCUACGAGUGGAGGUCUACCAUCCUGGGUCCUCCUGGCUCCGUUUACGAGGGUGGCGUGUUUUUCCUGGACAUCACCUUCUCCUCAGACUACCCCUUCAAGCCUCCUAAGGUGACGUUCCGUACACGGAUCUACCACUGCAACAUUAACAGUCAGGGAGUGAUCUGUCUGGACAUCCUGAAGGACAACUGGAGUCCAGCACUCACUAUCUCCAAGGUCCUGCUGUCCAUCUGCUCACUGCUCACGGAUUGUAACCCUGCGGACCCUCUGGUGGGAAGCAUAGCCACUCAGUAUCUGACCAACAGAGCAGAACAUGACAGGAUAGCUCGACAGUGGACCACAAGAUAUGCCACAUAGAUACUGGCAGCUUUCCCCCUGUCCUCAACCCCCACAUCCUACCUACCCAAAUGCCCCCCUUCCUCAACUCACCUCGGCUCAGCUCACCAUCACCCCCUCAGACCCCUCCAAAUCUCCUGCAGGAGCGAUCGCAUCCUGGAGAAACAACUUAACGACGUGCAGCGAAUCUUUAUAGCCUUUACAAUACGGACUUGUGUAUAGACACACACACAUACACACACGUGUGUAUAUAUAUAUAUAUAUAUAUAUAUAUAUAUAUAUAUAUAUAUAUAUAUAUAUAUAUAUAUAUAUAUAUAUAUUUGUCCCCCUGAAUCUGCCUUGUUUUCUUUCACCCAACUCAGACUGGGACAACAGACGAGAUCCCGCCAAGCUAAACGCUAACGGUGUAGUUUUUUUUUGUUUGUUUGUUUGUUUUUUUUUUUGUAGCUGUAGAUUUUAGUUCUGUUUAAACGCCUACUCGCAAGUCUUGCUUCUUUGAGAUAUUAAAAAAAAAAAUGUAUUUUGUGAUGUAUUAAGAAAAUCGUUCCUAAAAGGUCAACCAAAUAUUAUGGUUCAUUUAGUCUAAACCAUUAUCUGUAUGAUGUUAUAAAAAGUGGAAAAGCAUCUAGGUGUAGAAUAUUAAAGACGAUGUGAUUUUUCCGAGUCCCCCGGAGACGUUUCCCGUUCUGUGAUGACCCGAUGUUGUGAAUCUGUUCUACCUUUGUCACUUUGUAAUGAAGAGAAGCUCAUUGACCGUUUUGUAGCUCGGCUAAAAUGAGCCACGAUGUAAUAUCUCCUCAUACAUAAUAAAAAAUCUAUAACCUGUCCCUCA